UUUCUAAACCUUGGAUUAGAUAUUAUAGUCCUUCAGUACCUUCACAGUGAGAGGUGAAGUGAAGGAAAGGCUCUACCUGGAAUAAUCGGAGCGGAAGAACGUGUAGUCUUGGCAGCCGCACAUGCACAUGUCUACAUUCACUGUUGAGCUAAACUGUAUCGCCAACUCAUACUGAUACUAUCGCUAACUUGUCCUUAUAACACUGGUAGCCAACAUGAUCCAAGACUGCUUGUCGCUGCCGCGAGAGGCCAGCACUCGUGCCCGAUGUAAAUCCGGCCUAGAUCCACUUCGCUUCGGUGUUCUAAUAGGUGACAUCGGGCUCCAGCAGCUACUGAUUCUCCCUCUCGAUCAGCGCAGAGAUAUAUCAGAGCAGGGCCCCUUCAUCGACUGGUACCUGGGCGACACACGUGUCUAUAAGCGCACCACCCGCACCCUACUCUUCGCAUUCUGCCCAGAUAUUGGUAGACAUAUUGUACCUCUGGAUGGCCGGUUUAUAAUUCGAUUACCGCAAGGCUUCAGUAACGUAUUGGCCGUCAAGCUCGCCGUACUGUACAUGGAGCAGCAUCUACUCAACCCAAGGAUCGGAAGCGCACCAUGGAAAGUUGGAGACGACGUUGCCACAUACAUCUACCUUGCCGAACUAUUUGCAUUCAUCGGCAUGCCAGACACCAGCCAGAAGAUUGAGAGAGCUGUGCUCCGUCGCUUUCGAGGGCCGUCUUUGCAGAUUGAGCAAAUCCGUGCGAUCUGGGGCCGCGACAACCACACUACUCCUUCAAGGUAUGCGGAGGCAAUGGCAGACAAUAUCAUAACCUUCAUGUGCGUACCCAAAAUGCACCUCUUUGCCAUCGAAUACGAUAUCGACCCUGAUCAAACGUACGAGCAGGUGGUGAAGAAGGCGAUAAGACGAAUGAAGGAUAAUCAUCCAGAGAUUGAGGGGUCGGUUGAAUGUUCCACCUUUCGAAGCUCUUUGACUAACUGUUUAGGCGUAAUGACCGACGAGCACGAUACGAGACGACGCUCCUGGAACGACUACUGGCGGCGCCUGCGAACAUUGCGCUGAAGCAGCUGGUGUGGACUGCCACCACUCGAGCGCCAGUCGAGCCCGAAAAGCUCACCGAGUGGGUCGAGAUCAGGGCUGUCAAGGGCCGUUUGCAAUCGCAACCUCGCCUCUCGGGAAUGAAGAAGAUUGCGUUCGCAUCGACAAAGGUGGCGUAAGAUCGUGGAGCGUACUGGAAUCGAGUGAUUCGCCACUAAAGUUUGGACGUUGGUAAACAGGAUUGUGUAAGUCAGAGAGAUCUUUGACAGGAUGGGUUUGGAUACAUAGCCAUGAAUGGCUCAAGUCAAUGCAACAUGUUCAGCGGUGCGUCGUUACAGCACUUGAACAACCCUGUUUGGACCGCGCGUGCCAACUAUUCGGCUAUCGGACCAUCCGCGAUGUUCCUCUAAGACAUAAGGACUAUGCUGCGAGAAGGUGUCAGCUCGCAUAGUGAUGUUCGAUAGAUGGCCAGUAAACGGUGAAGGUCCUG